AUGAUGAGCUCUCCUGCGGUGCUCUUUUGUUUCCUCCUCGUCGUGAGUGAAAGCCUUACAGCAAGCAACAAGCCCCGCAGGAGCGUUUCCUUCCAAGACGUGAACUUGAAACUGUUCAAAGAGUCCGGCUUUGGUAGUUUGAGCUCUUUGAUGGUGAGAGACGACAUUGAUCAGCUUGUCCUCGGAGCCAAAGGGAGAGUGAUCGCCCUCAGUUUGGAUGACAUCACCAGAAAGACCAGUGAGGACAAUUGGACAGUCAGCUCAGCAGACAAAGCCCUCUGUCAGAUGAAGGGCAAGAGCACUGAGGAAUGUGAUAACGUCAUCAGGACCCUGCACACAAUGAGCGACGGUAAAAUGCUCGUGUGCGGAACAAACGCUUUCAACCCAGCGUGUGACCACAUGACUUUCACAGAUGGAAAGGUCUCCUUGGAAAGAAAACCACAGGAAGGAAGAGGGAAGGUUCCUUUUGAUCCCUACCAGCGCUUUGCCUCCCUUAUGGACGGAAACACUUUGUACUCUGCCACUUCCUCAAACUUUCUGGGCACUGCGAUGGUGUUCCAGAGACAUGGACCGAACCCCGUCAAGACUGAAAUGAAACGUUCCUGGCUGAAUGAGCCCACCAUGAUUUCCGUUCGCCUCGUCGAAGCAAGCAACAACAGCGACAACGGUGAAGACGACAGCGUGUUCUUGUUCUUCACCGAAGCUGCUGUGGAGGAACGUCGUGGUAACAUCCAGGUGUCACGGAUCGGCCGCGUGUGCAAGAGUGACUUGGGGGGCAAAAGGACCCUGCAGAAAAGGUGGACCUCUUUUUUGAAAGCCCGGCUGGACUGUCCAUUCGGCGAUGCGGGCUCACAGCCCCUAGUCCAAGACGUCUUUCUUCUUCAAGACCAAAAUAACUGGAGGGGCAGCAUCUUCUACGCCACGUUCACCUCCAACUCGGAGUCCUCUGGUGCUUGCAGCCAGUCGGCUGUCUGUGCAUACAAGCUGUCAGACAUCAGCCAGGUGUUUGGUGGGAGGUUUCUGACGGAGACAGAUUCUGGGAGCUGGGACAUCUACACAGGAGGAGAGCCAUUCUCCUACCCUGGUUCAUGUAUUAACGAUGAAAUGCGAGCCAAAGGUGUGAUGAGCUCUCUGGACCUCUCAGACACGACUCUGGUGUUUGUGAAGAACCACCCUCUGAUGGAUGGGGUGGUCACACCAAUAACUGGCAAACCUCUGCUAGUCCAGACACUGACACGCUUUUCCAAAAUUGUCGUGGACCAAGUCACGUCACUGGAUGGACAACAGCACCAGAUCAUGCUCAUUGGCACAGACGCUGGCUGGCUGCAGAAGGCGGUGAGGUUUGAUGGCGAGGAUGGGCGCAUCAUCGAGGAGCUGCAGCUGUUUCAGGAUCCUCAGCCUGUCGACUUCCUCCAACUGUCCUCCAAAACAGGCCAGCUGUACAGCGGCACCGAUGACGCUGCAGUUCAAGUUGAUUUAAGGGAUUGUAGGCGUUACACAUCAUGUGAUGACUGCCUGCUUGCAAGAGACCCAUACUGCGGCUGGGACAAGAGCAGAGGUCAAUGUGCAUCUGUUGUUGGUGUAUCAACCACGUCUAUGAUUCAGAGUCUCAGUGAUGGCGACAUCAGGAUGUGCCCACCUUCUGAUUUGAAACAGACACCCACUGUUGUCCACUUCGCCAUCGGCAUAGCUCAGUUCCUCCCAUGUUCCCCUGAGAAUAACCUCCCAGUCAGCUGGCGCUUCUCUGACAGCGUCCUCCAUGCCGGUCCCCGACACACUGUACUCAGCCAGGGUCUCAUCAUCACACCCUCCUUCUCUGACGCUGGCCUUUACACCUGUGAGACAGUGGAGACAGUGAAGGGCAGAGUGCACCGGACGACUGUGAUCCAGUUCCUCGUUCAGCUUCAGGACACUCGCACCGUUGUCAGGAACCUGGAGGCGGCUGCCAUCACCUUGGCUGCUUUUGCCAGCUUGCUGAUAAUGCUCAUAUGCGGUGCUCUUGUGAUCAGGCACCUAGCGGAAAAAAAGCAAGGCCGUGUUGGUAGUGGCAACGAAAACUGUGAUAUGGAGGGAUGUGUGCAUCACAGUGGGAUGCUGGCACAAAGCGAACUGUAG